UUGCGUCCCCAGAGUCCUCGGGUUGGCCGCUGCUGCUUGAAGAUCACCCAUGCCCGCAGCUUCCCAAUGGGGACAAUUCCUUCCAACAUGGUUCCCUCCUGAUGUGACCCGGAGUUGAGCAUAACCCAGAGCCCUGGACUUGUUAACUCCCAUUCUCCACUAUUAGCAUCACAGCCAUUAGUUUCCUCCUCUCUGCGAAAUGGCUUCUACCCAGGUCUCCAGCGGAUCCAACGGACCUCGAACCAUCACCCCCACUUUAGAGGAACUCAAGGCCUUCUCCUACGAUACUCUAAAUAUCGAGGCUGUCCUUGAAGCCCUUAGCCAAGAUGGAUUUGUGGUCUUGAAAAAGGUCGUUGAUAUUGCUCAUGUUGACCAUCUUAACUCGUUCAUGGCGAAAGAGGCAGACGCCCUGGUGAAGAACAACGCGAAGCCUUUCAACCAAGGAGUCGAUUCAAACAUCCUCCAAGGUCCUCCGUUGAAAGAUCCGGGGUACCUCUAUAAUGAUGUCUUCUUCAACCCGUUCGUAAUUCAGAUCAUGAAUGCAUAUCUCGGAGCGAACCCUAUAUUCAACUUCAUCACUGGAAAUAAUGCUUUGCCGCGAACGAAUGGGCUUCGUCAGCCCGUGCACAAAGACAUCACUUUCUUCCAUCCCCAGUGCCCAUUCUUCGUGAUUGCCAACAUUCCCCUUUGUUCCUUCAACCCAAGUACGGGCUCAACCGAGUUUUGGCUCGGUUCCCACGCUUCCACCUCUGGACAGCAGCAAGUCAUCGCGACCCCAGAAUCAAGGCUGUCAAAUGCGAAAUUACGGGUAGGAGAACCAAUCUGCAAUGUUCUUCCCGAUGUGGUCGAGGCCAGGCGUCAGGUCAGGCCUCCUAUUCAGCCGAGUUGCGAAAAGGGGGACAUCAUGUUGAGAGAUUUGAGGACGUGGCAUGCAGGUAUGCCGAAUGAGAGUGAAGAUUACAGAAUCAUGUUGGCUCUUGGGUAUCAGGCGCAAUGGUAUCCGAACCACACUCUUCGCUUCAAAGCUCCUCUCAGCCAAGGAAACUUCUUCAUGAAGCAUGGCGGUCAGCCAAUAGAAGUCCGAGCAGAUCUACUACCAGACGACUCUGACUUCGGGAAACUGAACGAUGUCUUCGAGUUUCGACGCUCAGUUGCCACGAGUGUGGCUCGCUCCCGGCUCUGAUAACCCCCCAUCUUGCGAAGUAAGAUUUCCUACACAAGUAAAGAAUAGAGAGAGAUAUUUCGUAAUCCACAUUGUACAGGAGAAGAGAAUCUUUGUUUCAUCCUAUCCACUGUUUGAAGCGCGUAGAAAUGCAGCAGACUUAUAUCUAUACGUG